CGCGCAACAUGUAUGAAUCAGCUAUGAGAAACGAGCCUUCACCAAAGGACGAUCUCGAAGACGAAAAACGCUGAUGAAAAGAAUUUAUUUUUCUACUUUUACUUCGAUAAGAUUCUUGAAAAUUAUUGUUCUUUCAUCAAAUCACAUUCAAUAUUCGUCGUAAGUGUUCUAGUGUCCAAAGUUAUAAGAUUUAAGUUUAGCGCGAAACUCAAAAUUCGGUGGAGACUUUUCUAUUCUGGAUUCUGUUAUUAAUUUAUUAUUAACUAAGUUAUUAAAGAAGUUACAAUUAAAUAAUUUAUUGUUAAAUAUCUAUGAAAAACCUAAUUUGAAACAAAUCAAAAUAUUGGAAGAAAAGUGAAUCAGUGAAAUCAAAUGAAAGUGUAAAAACAACAAAAUGUUGCUCUGCAAGGUAGUUUUGUUGUUUUGUACCCACUGGAUAGUCGGUGGGGACCUUCUUGAUCUUUAUGUGGAGCACAUGGACGAGACGAUGAAGACCCUUGAGUAUAAAACAAGCCACCCCAAAGACCUAAGAAACAGGUCAAGAAAUAAGAGAAGUGCCAUCGAGGGGCCUUUCUUCAGAAUUGGAAACUACAGAAGACAGCGUCUUGACGUGGACGAAAAUUGGAGCAGGAUAAGAAAAGCUAAGGCGAAGAACCAAAGAAAACCCCUCAAGGGUGAUGGUCUCGAAUUUCCCAACAAGCAGGAAAUGAAUCCAGGCCAAGACCAGCAUGAAUUUUUGAAUAAGAUUGAAAAUGAGCCUAAGAUAGGAAUGCCUAUGAUCAAUGGAAAAGACCAACUUGCUCUUUUUCAGACUGAAGAGAUUUUACUCAAAGAAAAAUUUGCUACAAAACCUUUUUCUCAUAAAGAGCGUGAGGAACUUGAUGAACAAUCCCAAUUCGAAAUUAUUGGCUCUUACCCAAAUGAGAGGGAGGUUCCUCCUUUGAAGAAAAGUCCUAAAUUUUGGAAUAGGGUGCCGAAAAAAUAUUUACCAGCUGCUAAAUAUUUAAAGGCUGACUUUAAGAAUGAAAAGAAAAAUGAGCGUCGGGUUUUUGAGGAAAGUGUCAGAGAAAAAAGAAGUUUAAUUUCAGAAAAUAGUGUUAAGGAUGUUGAAUUCAGUAGAAUUGAGGUUCUGGAUAAUGAUGGAGAUGUAGUGCUUGAGUGGGAUCCUUCUGACGAGGAGAUUAUCACUUUUAAGGUCACUGCAAAAACUUUAGGAUAUGUUGGAAUCGGAUUCAAUGAGAAGAGCCAUAUGAAAGGAGCUGAUCUGAUUUUGGCAUGGGUGAAUGAUCACACGCGACAAGUCAAUUUAUUGGAUUCUCAUGGUCUCAAAGAGGCAAAUACUGCACCAGUCACUGACGUAUCCCAAGAUGUUACUGCCAUAAGUGGGAACCAAAAUGAUACUCACACGACGAUUAUUUUUUCAAGAAAAUGGCUGACUUGUGAUCCAGAUGAUAAGCAAUUAACGGGAGACACGAUUAGGGUACUGUGGGCAUUGCAUCCUACCGAUCCUGAACUGAACUCGGCAGCCUUUCAUGGAGAAAAACGAGGAGGCAGGGCCUUACGACUUAAGGCCCCUGCUCCACAUCCCCCACCACCUCCAAGAACAGCGGAUGUUCAGCAUUGGGAUGUUAAACUUAAUCAGUUUGCCGUUUCAAAUAGCACAGACACAGAGUACUGGUGCAAAAUUUUCAAGGCACCAGUGGCUGGUAAACAUCACAUGAUCGGAUACACACCGCUUGUGGAGAAGUCGAACGAGGGCCUCGUACACCACGUGAUUCUAUACGAAUGCGUUUCGACGUCACCGACCCUCGGAAAACAUACCAAACUUGCUGGAGCGCAUUGCUACAGCCCGACGAUGCCAAGAGAAUGGGAAUCCUGUCUGCAACCAGUCCUCGCCUGGGCUCGAGGAAGCAAGGGUGAAUGGUUCCCAGAACACGUCGGAAUCCCAGUAGGCGAACAUAAAGAGGGAACAUAUUAUAUGUUGGAAGUUCAUUACAAUAAUCCACUUCGUAGAACAAUAAUCGACAGUAGUGGAGUGAGAAUUCACUACACUUCUAAUUUUCGGAAAAAUGAAGCUGGAAUCCUCGUAGCUGGUGUAGCAGUGACUCCUCUUCAUGUCGUUCCCCCAAAACAGGAAACGUAUGCAACUGCUGGAUAUUGCACUCCCGAUUGCACAAAUAUGAUGUUCCCAGAUGAAGGUAUCAAUGUUGUCUCUGUGGUUCUGCAUUCUCAUUUGGCUGGACGAAAAUUAAGUUUGAAGCACAUUCGAGAAGGCACUGAACUUCCAACAAUAGUUCAAGACAACCAAUUUGAUUUUGAUUACCAACAAUCACACACUUUGGAUAAAGAAGUUAAAAUUCUUCCUGGAGAUGAAAUAGUUGCUGAGUGUGUUUAUGGCACUCUGGAUAGGCCUAACGCAACUUUGGGAGGAUAUGCGGCUGAUCAGGAAAUGUGUUUGGCUUUUGUGGUCCAUUAUCCUAGAACUGAGUUGGCCGCUUGUUACAGUAUGACACCAGUCAGAGAUCUUUUUAAAACUCUGGGCAUCACCAGCUUCAAGGGAAUCUCAAUGGAACAUUUGGAAAAGCUUUUUCUGACCACUGGAUUUGAUGCUUUGGCUCUACCAAACAUGCAGCUUUCAAAUUAUCAAGCACUACAAGCAGAUGAUCAGAGUGAUGAGGGUCUGGUUAAGAAAACUGAGUCUGCUUUGAAAAUAAUGAGAGAUUACACAGAAGCGAAAAAUAAUGAUAUGCUGUUUACCACUCUUGUUAUUGAAGAUCCUCCAGAAUUUAGAGGUCGCACUUUGGCAGAACAUAUGCAAGCUUUGCCUUGGACUGAAGAACUUCUUGCGCGGUCUAUUGAAAAAAACUUGUACCAUGGAAAACAUAUGACUUUCUGCAGAAUGAGGAACGACAAUCUUGCUAUGCCUGUAGCAGUACAAAUGUUCCCGAACUUCACAGCUCUUCCUAUACCGAACAACACCAUAUGCACUGAAAUAAGAAGAUUGACCAGUUCUGCAGAAACAACACCAUCUCCAUUUUCAUUCAUUUUAACCAUGACAUUGACUGUUUCCCUUUUAUGGACACUUGUUUGACAAUGAAGAUUGAAAUCAAAGAUUCGACUUCGAAAGCGAAAGGCUUUCUGUGUAUAUUUUUAAAACUGUAAAUUGGCUCUGAUUUAUUUAUUGUAGCUACUGCGAGUUUCUUAUUAUUUUUAAUGUAAAGGUUUUAACAAUAUCGGUUGUUCGAAACGGACCGAUGGAAUUUGUAUGAAACACUUUGGCGGCUCGAAGAACAUUCUCACGGAUGAGAAGACAAAGUUUUCGAAAAAUCUUGUGUAUGCCGCCUCUAGUUUGUAAAACGACAUGUAAAUAUAUUUAUAUAAGUCCUAAAAUUGUAACUUUUAAGUGAUUUUUGUAACGCGUGUUUUGUA